AUGUUUCCACCUGACAUUUCCUGCCUUGCUGCAGCAAGACUCCAGCUCGCGGUCUCUCACCGAGGACCAAGAGACGUUGGUGUGCAGGAGAUUCUGUGUGUGUGUUUGUCAUUCCCGUGUGGAAUUUGUUUCAAAGACGUUGUCAUCUGUGUAGAAGACACCCCCAGUGCCCAGGUGUCAUGGCCUGAGGAGGAGAAAGAGGAGGAGUGCGAGGAGGAGGAGGAGGAGGAGCAGGAUUUGUGCCCUGAAGAAGACAUCAUCUUGGUGAUCCAGCAGCACCUGCAGGGCAGAGCUGAGGCUCUGCACAACCGCUAUUCGCGGAGCCUGGACACCAUCCUCAGGGGCCGCCUAACAGAGACCCCCACCGUGGAGAAGCUGCAGCACCUCCUGGAGCACAUCCAUCGCUCUCUCCUGGCAAACAACACCCAGGAGAGAGCCAGGGCCGUCCAGACCAGCGCGGCCCUGCUCCAGUUUGCCACCUCCCUGCCUGGAUUUGAUACCUCCUCCACCUUCUCCAAGGCAGGUGAAUUUGUGCUGCAGCUGGGUCUCUGGAUAUCCCACCCAGCCAGUGACAUCAGUCGGCAUGCCAGGGGUGGGAUAUACUGGCUUUACUGGCUCCUGCUUCAGAAGAGUGGGCUCAACACCAGCAAGGCCGCAGACCUGUGGUGCCGGGACAGGCUCCAUGACCCCGAGCGCCUGGGGUAUAGAAACCUGGCCAGGGUGGGAGAGGUCUUUGGAGAAAUAUUCAGCGAAGACCAGAAGAGCAGUUUCCUCCAGGCGGGCCUGCUGGCCAUCCACCACCCCCUCCUCCGCGUCAGCCAGGCUGGCCUGGUGCUGACCUAUUCCAUCUUGGGGGAAGCCGGCCAGCUGCUAGAGGACGAGGAGGACAUCACAGCCAAUAUAACGGUCCAGCUGUUUAAUAUCAGGAUGUUGGGCCAGGUGCCCGAUGCCCUGCAGGGGCUGUGCUCUUUGGGGCAGCAUUGAAGACCCCCCCCCUCGCAUGACCAGCUCCCACCCCCUGCUGCAGCCUCGCUCCAGGCCCUCCACCCACCCGCUCCAGCCCUGCCUCCUCCUCCUCCUCCUGAUCUUCCCCAACCCCUCCGAUUUUGACUACACGGAUUCGACCUUUGCGUGGAUAUGGACUUUGCCUCAUACUUCUGACC